CCAAUGUUAGUCUAAUUCGUUAUUUGAUCGAGUUUAAUUACAAGAAGCAGCUCUCGAGAAAUGGCUCGCACCAAGCAGACCGCACGUAAAUCUACCGGAGGAAAGGCUCCCCGCAAACAGUUGGCCACCAAGGCUGCUCGUAAGAGCGCUCCAGCGACUGGAGGAGUGAAGAAGCCUCAUCGAUACCGUCCGGGAACCGUUGCGCUGCGUGAGAUCCGCCGUUAUCAGAAGUCGACAGAACUGUUAAUCCGCAAGCUGCCGUUUCAGCGUCUCGUUCGUGAAAUCGCCCAGGACUUCAAGACCGAUCUGCGCUUCCAAAGCUCAGCCGUCAUGGCGCUGCAGGAGGCCAGCGAAGCCUAUUUGGUUGGUCUGUUCGAGGAUACAAAUUUGUGCGCCAUCCAUGCCAAGCGAGUUACGAUCAUGCCAAAGGACAUUCAGCUGGCACGACGUAUUCGUGGAGAGCGUGCCUAAGUGACAUUUUUUAUUUCAAGGCGCAAGACUGAAUAACAAAAGGCCCUUUUCAGGGCCAA